AUGCCAGCCAAAAGAGUUCUUAUUCUUACAGGAGAUUGUGCAGAAGAUUUAGAAGUCAUGGUCCCUUAUCAAGUUUUGAAGAUGGUUGGACAUCAUGUCGAUGCUGUAUGUCCAGAUAAGCUAGCAGGCCAAUCUGUGAGAACUAUAAUUAAUGAAAUGGAAGGAGCUCAAACUUACUCAGAAAAACGAGGCCAUAAUUUCGAGCUUAAUGCUACUUUUGCAGAUAUUCAAGAAUCUUCAUAUGAUGCGCUUGUAAUUCCGGGCGGACGUGCUCCUGAAUAUAUAAGGCUGAACCCUAGGGUAAUAGAAAUUGUUCGCCACUUUGCUACAAAUAAUAAACCCAUAGCGAUAACUUGCCAUGGAAUCCAAAUUUUAACAGCUGCAAAUGUAUUGUCAGGAAGAAAUGUGACUGCAUAUUAUGCAUGUGGGCCUGAAGUUACUAACGCAGGAGGGCACUAUGUAAUGAAAGGAAUAACUGAAGUAUUAGUUGAUGGUAACUUAGUUACUGCUGUGGCCUGACCUGGAAAUUCUGAUUGGUUAGCAGAAUUCCUGAAACUUCUUGGGACGACUAUUACCCCUUAA